CGUUCCCCCUUGGGCCUUGGCCAUGUCUGAGCAGCCGAAGCGGGUUUCCACGCCGGAGAACGGCCACGGCGGCAAGAGGCCAAGGGGGCUGGCCGCACCCGACGGCGGGGUCAAGCAGGAGCGGCGAGAGCAAGGGCAAGCGGAGGCGAGCCAGGGCGGCGAGGGAGAGGGGGCCGUGGUGGCCGUGCAAACCAUGGAAGAGCCGCAGAUCAACAUCAGGAUCUCCGUCGCGCGUCUCCACUGCCACGCCUGCCUCCUCCCCCUCAAGCCCCCCACCUUCAAGUGCGAGGCCGGGCACAUCGUGUGUUCCACCUGCCGCGGCGGCCACGGCCAGGUCUGCGACCGCGCCGCCACCCACACCGCCUGGGUCGAGCUUGACGACAUCGUGCGCGACGCCAAGGUGCCCUGCGCCUACUCGGAGUACGGUUGCACGAGCUGGGUCGUCUACCACGAGGCGGCGGACCACCACCGGUCCUGCCGCUGCGGGCCCUGCUUCUGCCCGAACCGUGACUGCGAACUCCUCACCUCGCCGGCGAGGCUGGCCGAGCACCUUGGCACCCACCACGCCUGGCCCGUCACCAAGAUCGCCUACGGGAAGCCGUGCAAGGUCGCCGUCCCGGGGCCGCAGGGCGGGCAGGUCCUCGUGGGCGAGACCGACGGGUGCGUGUUCCUGGUGUCCCCGUGCGCGCUCGGCGCGGCCACAGCCGUGUCGCUGGUGUGCGUGAGGGCGAGGGGCGACGCGGCCGCGGGGGCGCCCCAGUUCCGCUGCAAGCUCUGGGUGGAGGUCGAGGGCAACAAGGAGAACCUGGCGCUGGUCACGUCCAUGGUGGCCAGCAGCGACCUGUCCGGCGGGUUCGUGGCGGCCGACCAGGGCAUGUUCCUGGCGGUGCCGCCGGAGCUCCUGCACGACGGGUCCGGCGAGGCGCCCGCCCUCAUGGUCCGCAUCGACAGGGCCGCCGCAGCCACUGGCGUUGCCAGGUCCCCGUCCGCAACUCCGCCGUUGAGGCUCGCCAAGAGGCUGCAGUAAUGGGAAACGGAGACUAGGCGGCAAUUUGAUUGGUUUCAGCAGUGCCUUCCCUGUUCCCUCUAUUGCGUGUGUAUUGGCAGCUAGAGUUUCCGAAUGGUGGCAUGGGUGUGUGUUCUGAAUACUCUGAUGUAGCAUCCAUGGAUCAUCG